AUUUAAGUACAGGGCAGUUAGUGAGUCUCCUCUCACUUCUGUUCAACGUCCCUUGCCUGCGAAGAAGAGUUUCUGGAGAGAGAGAGAGAGCAAAGCAAAGCAAAAGGAUAAAGAAAGGAACAAUACAAAUGACAAGUUAAAAGAAAACACAGCACUCUGUUCUGAUUCUCGUCCCCUAUUCUACCUUAAAUCUUGCACCUAAAGCUCACUUUCAAACCUGGUUCCUCUUCCAUUUUCCAAGCACUUGGCCUUUGUCUGCUUCUGGGUUCUCUUCCAUUUUGUCAAUUAAGCCCAUAUUCUUCAUGGGUUUUUCUUCAAUAAGCUACUAGCUUUGGAAGUUGGAAGAGAAUUGGGAGCAACAUGUCUUGGAAAAGCAGAGGAGAGCCAUCUUCUAGAAGUGUUAUUUCAAAAAAAUGGACCCUUUUGCUUUGUUUAGGCUGCUUCUGUGCUGGAAUGCUCUUCACCAAUAGGAUGUGGACUGUUCCUGAAAAUAAAGGUAUCACACGGAGAACAGCUAUGGAAGAAGAACAAUUAAAAUUAGUUUCAGAGGGUUGCAACCCAAAAGCUUUGCAUCAGAAGGAAGUAAAGCGCGAAAAUAAGGACAUUUUUGGGGAGGUUUCUAAGACUCAUAAUGCUAUACAGACAUUAGAUAAGACUAUAUCAAAUUUAGAGAUGGAAUUAGCUGCGGCAAGGGCAACACAGGAGUCUAUACGUAGCGGCUCUCCUCUAUCAGGAGACUCGAAGACCACUGAUUCAUCCGGGAAGAGAAGGUAUUUAAUGGUUGUUGGAAUUAAUACUGCUUUUAGCAGCCGUAAAAGAAGAGAUUCGGUUCGUGCUACAUGGAUGCCACAAGGCGAGAAAAGAAAAAGGCUAGAGGAAGAGAAGGGUAUCAUCAUUCGUUUCGUCAUUGGUCAUAGUGCCACGUCCGGAGGUAUUCUAGACAGAGCUGUAGAAGCAGAGGACAGAAAGCAUGGAGAUCUCCUGAGGCUGGACCAUGUUGAAGGGUACCUUGAAUUGUCCGCCAAGACAAAGAUAUAUUUUGCUACUGCUGUUGCUACGUGGGAUGCAGAUUUUUAUGUCAAAGUUGAUGAUGAUGUCCACGUAAAUAUAGCGACACUAGGAGAAACUCUAGUCAGACACCGAAAGAAACAGCGCCUGUACAUUGGAUGCAUGAAAUCUGGUCCUGUUCUAGCACAGAAGGGAGUGAGAUACCAUGAACCUGAGUAUUGGAAAUUUGGUGAACCUGGAAACAAGUAUUUCCGUCAUGCUACAGGACAGCUAUAUGCCAUUUCAAAAGAUUUGGCUACGUAUAUAUCAAUAAACCAGCAUGUCCUACACAGGUACGCUAACGAGGAUGUCUCUUUGGGAGCUUGGUUUAUUGGACUUGAUGUGCAGCAUAUCGAUGAUAGGAGACUGUGUUGUGGCACCCCACCUGAUUGUGAGUGGAAGGCCCAGGCAGGCAACAUCUGUGUAGCUUCAUUUGAUUGGAGUUGCAGCGGGAUUUGUAGGUCAGCUGAGAGAAUCAAGGAAGUCCAUCGACGGUGCGGGGAAGGUGAGAACGCUUUGUGGAGUGCUUCUUUCUAAGAGGAAGAGGCAGCUUGGAGCUCUUCCAACCUCAGGAAGAUUUUUCAGCUUCAGUAUAAAGGCAGGUGUGCUAGUCUUUUUUUCUUUUUUUUUCCAGUUUCUGUACUGAGUAUAGAGAAUUACAAUAUCAAAUAGAGAGAUUAGAGAGAGAGUGUGUGAGUGUGUGAGUGAGAGAAAGAGAGAGAGAGAGAAGAGCCUUGCUAUGAUUACCAUCUUCCAUUUUAAUAGAGGAUAUUGGCCA